CCGAGAGAAGCCGCAUACACACUGCAUCUGCGAGAAAGCGGAAACAAAUAACAGAGGAUUUUAAUAAGAAAAGGAGCUAUUACACAAGCACCAAGCUACAAAUUGUAAGUGUCAAAUCCACAGCAUAAGCGCUACAAAGCGGGAAUAGUGGCCUGAAUUAAGUCAGCUGUGCUAAGAGGGUACUUGACGGCUACAUUUAUUCGAGGAUCUAGCCGCUGAGUAGCGGGUCGCUGACAAGAGGAGAGGCUCACACCUACCGACCGUAGGUUGGAUUCUGGAUUUUUUUUCAGUUUAAAACUUGUCUCCACUGUCCAACGAGGAACAAACCCUGUCCUCACCACCGCUGUACCUGUAACUCGCAGCACACGCCGGCGUCCAACAUCCUUCACCAUGGAGGCCCUUGCCAAAUAUGAUUUUAAAGCCACUGCAGAUGACGAGCUAAGUUUCAAACGAGGGGAAAUACUAAAGGUUUUAAAUGAAGAAUGUGACCAAAACUGGUAUAAGGCGGAGCUCAAUGGGAAGGAUGGCUUCAUUCCUAAGAACUAUAUUGAGAUGAAAGCUCACCCGUGGUUCUUUGGGAAGAUCCCGCGAGCGAAGGCAGAAGAGAUGCUGAACAAACAGAGACAUGAUGGAGCCUUCCUGAUCCGAGAGAGUGAGAGCGCACCAGGGGACUUCUCUCUAUCCGUCAAGUUUGGAAACGACGUCCAGCACUUCAAGGUCCUGCGCGACGGAGCAGGGAAGUACUUCCUGUGGGUGGUCAAGUUCAACUCACUCAAUGAGCUGGUGGAUUACCACCGCUCCACUUCCGUGUCACGAAACCAGCAAAUAUUCUUGAGGGACAUCGAACAGGUUCCUCAGCACCCCACCUAUGUCCAGGCGCUGUUCGACUUUGACCCUCAGGAGGACGGUGAGCUGGGCUUCCGCCGUGGUGACUUCAUCCAGGUUCUGGACAACUCCGACCCAAACUGGUGGAAAGGAGCAUGCCACGGCCAGACGGGCAUGUUCCCGCGCAACUAUGUCACGCCUGUCAACCGGAACAUCUAACCCGCCAUGAAAAUGCCUCCCAAACACCAUCAUCCCAACCCCUCCCUCAGCCCCCGCAACCCGCAGAGACCUGGAAGGAGAUGGAGAGGAAGAGCAUGGAGUGGGGGUAGGGGCGGGGGCUCCAGAGCAAAGCCCACCUUCAUACUGAGAACGUUGUGGUCACACUGGAACUGUCAGUGGAAAAACCCAGAGAAACAAAGCGUAGUGCUCCAGAUCCCCCAUCACUGCUGCUUCUGCCUCUGCCCAGUCCUAUCUGUGCUCUCCACGCAUGGUCUACUCACAAAUUCCUAAUGCUCUAUUUAAAACAAAAAUCUGGAAAAAAUGUAAAGUACUAAAAAAAACAAACUAUGCUAACUGCAGCAGGUCUCCAAGUGGGAGACCAAUGGAAGCCUUGGGCUGUAUGGAGAAAUCACAUAUAGAAAUUCCAAUUUUAAGAGUGUGUGGGUAUGUGUGUACACACACGCACGCACACACGUAUAUGUAUAUGUAUGUAUGUGUUUGUCAGUUUUACCUCGCUUCCUUAUGAGCAGGUGUUUUGUUUUCCAUAGUGUAAAUGAUGUUAUGGUUGUUGUAAGUCAGGGUAAGACUUAGUUGCUCUGGGUCCUGUUGAAUAGUCCCUUUAAUCGUUGGGGGUGUCUGAGUGCUCUCCGAUAGGAGGAAAUAAUUAAGGCACAGAAAUUCCAUUUUAAGCAUCCUUUUUGGUCUAGCUAAAGGAAACCAAUGAAAUGCUAAUGUGGAGCUAAUGGGCAGGAAAAUGUGGAGGGCAAACUGCUGCGUGGGUUGUGAUGUAUGAAAGCAUAUGAUAAUUGAGCCGCCAUUUAGCCAGUGGCUUCACCGCAGGUAUUUUGCCCUGAGAUCAUGAAUGUAGCUGUCUUAAGCCAACUGGAUGUUCACACGAGGGAGACACAGUCACAGAGCUCAACAGACCACUGCAAAGCAUUUCAAAGACAAGCUGAAUUUCUUUGCUUAAUACUCUUUACAGCUGUGUUUCACACACAAAUGCAUACAGAUACACAUGCACACUGUACAGAUACAUGCACACAUGUGUGUGCAGACACCAUGAUUGAUUGGGUAAUGGAGUAAGGUCAUUGCCAGCAAGUGGCCAGCCUGGAACAGUCGACCUGUCUGAUGAUCAUUUGUGUUUGGUCUUGCGCUGAGCAGCCGAGCACUUUUCCCUCCCUUCCUGGUUCUGUUGGUGUUUUUGUUCCCCUCCUCUCUGGAUAGUGCCUUUGUCCCUCUCGCCAUUGGACAGCCCUGCAUGGUGUGGAAAUGCCCAUACUAUCCCAGCACCCCCUGCAUCUGGCCUUCUCUCUGCUAUUAUCAACAAGGAGGCCCUUUUAUUCAAACGCUUUGUCUGUCUGUGCUUGUCUUCUUUUCCUAAUGAUACUCAGUGUUGAUUUUAUUUUUUUU